UGACUCAUUGGGAAGUGACGGGAACAACGCAUAAGCUCAUCGUUUUCACUUGCAUGCCCUUUGCUAAAAAUCUCUUUCUCCCUUCUCUGUUUCUAGUUUCUUUCACCCGUGCCUCCUUCUUUGUAGGCUGUACACAACACCAGAAACUUCAAAAGCCAAAAAAAAAAAAAAAGCAUCACCCCUUUCCCAUCCUAAUAAUCAUUGCCGACGAUGAAUGUUGAACCCCAGAAUUCUGAAGCAGAGAGCAGCUCAAACUCAUUCUCCUCGCCGCCAACUUCACCAUCAUCACCCCCUUCAAGCAGGGCUCUUAAAAAAUCAGUCUCACAGGGUGAGUCUCAGGGCCCAGAAUCAAAAAAGAUAAAACGCAUUCGAGACUCCAAUAAACAUCCUGUGUAUCGUGGGGUCCGUAUGCGUAGCUGGGGCAAAUGGGUUUCUGAAAUUCGCGAGCCACGCAAAAAAUCUCGCAUAUGGCUGGGUACAUUCUCAACCCCUGAAAUGGCCGCAAGGGCACACGACGUCGCUGCUCUGAGCAUCAAAGGGAACUCCGCCAUUCUCAAUUUCCCUGAACUAGCAAGCUCGCUGCCCCGCCCCGCCUCUGUCUCUCCGCGCGAUAUUCAGGCAGCCGCAGCAAAAGCCGCUCAAAUGGAUCAGUUUGACUCGCCAUCGUCAUCGUCCGCCUCGUUAUUGUCAUCUUCAUCUUCCAUGACCUCGUUGGUUUCGGCAAGGGAAAUGUGCAGUGGUUCGGAGGAAUUGAGCGAGAUCAUAGAGUUGCCGAGCUUGGAAACAAGUGAGGAGACGCGUGAGUUUAGGAAUGAGUUUGUGUUCAUGGACUCUUUAUCGGAUGGGUGGAUGGAUCAAUCACCAUGGUUACAGAGCAUGGAAGAUUGUGACGGGUACAUCGCUGAUCAGCUAGCAGUGCCAGCAGAGAGUGGAAUCAUAAAUAACCUCGAUAGUUUGCUCUGGAAUUACUGAGUGCCCUGUUUUUUUUCCUUCUUCUUUCUGAAUGGUUGUGGUAUAUCUCUCUGGUUUUCUUUCUUUGUGUGCUAUGCCCUUGUGGUUUUUCAUCGAGGGGGGCUGCAACACAACACUGUCGUGUCUCUGUAUUUUCUGCGUUUUCUUUGGGAUUGCCUGCUCAUGCCUCCCUCCUUUUGUUAGAAUUGUAAAGGGUUAGGAAUAAAACGAAGGGGGAAUGUCAAUGAUUUUCUA